AUGCUGCUAUCUCUGUUCAUCGUGCAGCUGCUCAUCGGUUUCGUUGAGUGCGACGACUUUUAUAGUCUGCUGGGAGUAGCACGAGAUGCGGAUAACAGGGCAAUUCGGCGAGCCUUUAAGAAACUGGCACUUACCAAACAUCCCGACAAGAAUCCUGAUGAUAAAAAUGCUCAUAAAGAAUUCGUAAAACUGAAUCGAGCAUACGAAGUACUGAUGGAUGAGGAAUUGAGGAAGAAAUACGACCAGUUCGGCGAGGCAGGCCUCAGCGAUGAUUUUCAUGGAGGCGCUCAGUAUCAGUCGUGGCAGUUUUACAGGGAUAAUUUUGGCAUCUACGAUGAGGACAAGGAAAUUGUGACGUUUUCGCGGUCGGAUUUCGAGAAGGUCGUCUCGGAGAGUGCUGAGACGUGGUUCAUCAAUUUCUACUCGACAUUCUGCUCGCACUGUCAUCAGCUUGCGCCAGUUGUCAGUUUUCCUCACACCACUACUGCUCUGUAUUUCUAG